GACGUGUUGUUCAUCGAACCCAGUUUGUUCCAAAUCAAUCUUGCUCGAAACUGUUCUGACGACAAAGAAGCAAACGAAAGAAGAAAGUGACCCCGACGAAGUUUAGUAUUUAAUCGAGCCAAAAGAUAAUUAUCACGCACAACGAUGGCUAAAAGUAUUCGAUCCAAGUGCAAAAGAAAGAACCGAUCCGAGUUUCGACAAACCAUCGGGAAUGUACGUUUCAAGGAAGCAGCUCUGCAUUCCGUCACGGCUCUCUUUGUCGACACAUGAAUGUGACAAAAAGCUUAUUUUUCAUUUAAUCUUUCUGUUUUCCCAUUCUCAUCUUUCGAUUGCGUGGUGCGUCUGCGAUGUCUCUCGCACAAAUUUUGCAACCCCACAACAGGAAUUCUAUCAAAAGAACAUGAAGAAGGUGCAGGACAAGCUCCGGGAAUGCGCCGAAACACAGACCAUGUCGGUGGAAUCUCUCGAACGCUUGUCAAACGCACUGCACACAACAACACCGGAGGAUAGCACGGCCGUGGAAGACGCGAUGAUGGCGGGCAACCAGGCCAGCAUUCUAGAAAAGGCCAAGGAACAUAAGGGAGAAAACAAGGCACCUACCAAAGGCGCGCACAAAAAAUCCAGAAAGGGAAAGCACAAGAAAGCGACAAUUGUGCCGGAAAAGAAGGAGAAGAAACGACCGCGGUACUUUGUUCAAUUCUAGGUUGGCAGCCGUUCCACCUUCAGCUAUCCGAGGAUACAACACGCCUUGCCUGGGUCUCGACGACAGUCACUCGACUUUCUCGAUUGGAUACAAAGUUUCAAUAACAAGAUUAAAGUAAC